GAGCGGAAAUAAUCAUUCAGUAAGCCGCGGCUGAGCAGCAGCAAGAACAAAACCUCCAAAAGAUGCAGAGAGCAAUGGGAGGCACAUCAAGAAGUCUACUCACCCUCUCUCUUUCCUCAGGUGCCCUUCUAUUCUCUUCCAGUCAUAAGCUCUACCCUCUCCUUAGACUACCCAGCAGAACCACUAGGGUUUUGUCAGGGUUUAGGCCCCUUUGCACCACAACCACAGUGAUUGAACCAGACGAAGCAGUCCAAUCCACCAAGCAUGAAAUCCUCCUCGAGAGGCUGAGACAGAAACACCUUAAGGCAUCUCAAAGCCCCGCGCAGACCAGAACCUCGCAAUCAAGGGCUGAGAAGGAGAGUCGGGAUGAUGGGUCGAACGAGGCAUCAAAGAAGAAGAACAAAAUGGUUGGGAGUUUUGAGGAGUUGGGGUUGAGCGAAGAGGUAAUGGGGGCUGUGAGCGAAUUGGGAAUUGAGGUUCCUACUGAGAUUCAGUGCAUUGGGAUUCCUGCUGUUUUACAAGAGAAAAGUGUGGUCUUGGGUUCUCAUACUGGGUCUGGCAAGACUUUGGCUUAUAUGUUACCUUUAGUUCAGCUCUUGAGACGAGAUGAAGCAGAAAUAGGUAGGCUGAUGAAGCCCAGGCGUCCAAGAGCUGUUGUUUUAUGCCCUACAAGGGAGCUAUCUGAGCAGGUGUAUCAUGUAGCAAAGUCUAUCAGCCAUCAUGCGCGAUUCAGGUCAACUAUGGUCAGUGGUGGUGGCCGAUUGCGACCCCAAGAGGAUUCAUUAAAUAACCCAAUUGACAUGGUUGUUGGGACCCCUGGCCGGAUUCUUCAACACAUUGAGGAUGGGAACAUGGUUUUUGGUGAAAUUAGAUACGUGGUGUUGGAUGAGGCAGACACGAUGUUUGAUCGUGGCUUUGGUCCUGAAAUUAGAAAGUUCCUAGGCCCUCUAAAAAAUCGUGCAUCAAAAACUGAUGGGUUAGGUUUCCAAACUGUUCUAGUUACCGCGACAAUGACUAAGGCAGUUCAGAAGCUGGUUGAUGAGGAGUUUGAAGGAAUAGUGCAUUUGCGCACAUCAUCCUUGCAUAAAAAGAUCACAUCUGCUCGUCAUGAUUUCAUCAAGCUUUCAGGUUCUGAAAACAAGUUGGAAGCAUUGCUACAGGUUCUAGAGCCAAGUCUAGCCAAAGGAAAUCGAGUAAUGGUCUUCUGUAACACUUUGAAUUCUAGCCGUGCUGUGGAUCAUUUUCUUGAUGAAAGCCAGAUUCCCACUGUUAAUUACCACGGGGAGGUCCCGGCAGAACAAAGAGUAAAAAAUCUCGAGAAGUUCAAGAGUGAUGAUGAUUGCCCCACAUUGGUUUGCACGGACUUGGCUGCUCGGGGACUAGACUUGGAAGUAGAUCAUGUUAUAAUGUUUGAUUUCCCCUCAAACUCAAUUGACUAUCUUCAUCGCACUGGACGAACUGCUCGUAUGGGUGCAAAAGGGAAAGUGACUAGUUUGGUGGCUAAAAAGGACUUGAUGCUGGCUGCCAGAAUUGAAGAGGCGAUGAGAAAGAAUGAAAGCCUUGAAUCUCUGAGUGUGGAUUCUGUACAUAGGGACAUUGCCAGGACUAAGAUAACAGAGCAGAAAGGGAAUACAUCUAAACUAAUUAAAGUAUCAAGUCAGAAAAGCAAUACUAAAUCCACAUCAGUGAAAGCUGGUAAAGGUUCUUCUCCGGCAAAAUAUGUGAAGGCUACUGUUAAGGUGUCAAAACCUUUUAAGGUUUCGAGACCAGUGAAGUCUUCUGGUGCUGGUACCUCAAGGAAAGCGCCCUCAAGUAAACCAGUGAAGUCUUCUGGUGCUGGUAGUAGCUCAAGGAAAGCACCCUCAAGUAAACCAGCGAAGUUUUCCGGUGCGGGUAGCUCAAGGAAAGCACCCUCAAGUGGUAAAGUGCAAACGGGGGGCAGAAAGUCGAAGGUCGUCAACACUACAUCUUCAAAACUAAGCGUUGUUGGAUUCAGGGGAAGGAAUUCAUCUAACAAAAAAGAAUCAAUGAGGUCAAGUUAAUUGUUGUAAAAAAAAUCCCUCUUAUUGGCAUGCCUUAACGUUUAUAUGCACCAUAUCCCAGUUUUGGCUAUUUUUAUGUAGAACUGGUGCUUGUUUCUUGUAGAUUAUUGGUUCUUUGAAACCAUUCAUUCUUGCCAUGAGCUUAAGAGUUAUU